ACAAGUUUACAUAAAUGAACUAUAAUAAUAAUAAUAAUGAUCGAAACAAACCAUUCAACAAAAUUAUUACCAAAUGUUAUUGGACGAAAAUUACAGAAUUUUAAAUCAUUUUUACGACAUUCAGUUAGUAUGGUAUUGAAAAGUGAUGAUGAUGAUGAUAAUAAGGUUAAUCAAAGAAAAACGAAAAAAAUGCCAUGGCAUAUUGGUAGAAAAAUAAUGGCAAACAAAAACAAAAACAGUUUGGUAAAUCUUUCGAUACAAAAUUCUGAUACAAUUCUGAUACCGGAUUCUAAUGCUUUGGACAUUGAAAAUCAACAACAACCAUUUGUUGUUGGUAAUAUGAAAUCCUAUUCAUCAUCAUCAAUCAAAAUCAAUGAUGAUAUUUUACAACAAGUUACAACUAGUGUUGAUGAUGAUAAUUUGAAGUGUGAUAAUGAUCUAUGUUUAUUUGAAAAAGAUCUUGUUGAAUUGCUUUAG